CUACCCUGCCUGGUGGGGGCGAGGCCCCAGGACUAGGAGGAGGGUUUGUGAGCUGGAGCCUCCCCCCGGGGUGGGCCCAGCCUAAGGGAGCCCAGCUGAGGAGCUGGGGCGGAGCUGCAGGGCCCGACUGGCCGCUAAGGGGAGUGUGGCUCCGUGCGCCUGGGGGGCGGGUGGAUGUGUUCAAACUGCAGCUGGCUGGGAACCGGGGCUGGUUUCCUGUCUGGAAGGGAAGGGGCCCGCAAAGGGAGCGGGGGCAGCAGCAGACAGGCACACCCCUCCCUCUCCUCCCUUCUGCUGGAAAAGCGAGCUGGAAGAACAGCUGCCACCCAAGCACGGCUGGCCGCUCUGUGCCCAGAGCCCUGUCUGCAGUUGGCCUCUCCUCCGGGAACCCCGCUCAUCCACACCUGGCUUUGCUUUCCUCCGCUGCCCGGCUCCCACCGAGGCAAGGCGGGAACAACCGGCAGUGGGAGAGAAGUUUGUCACAGAGGCCAGAGGGGUCUGACAGGAGCCUGUAGGGACAGGGACAGCCUCUGCCGGCUGCCUGAGAGCCACCCACCCCUUUCAAGCCUGAGGGAGCAGUGAGAGGAGGAACUGGGGGCAUCCUGGUGCCUGCCCCACCUGUGGAGGGCUCUUCACGGGAAGGGACCCUGGGGGCACAGAGAUGCAGGACAGAUUGCACAUCCUGGAGGACUUGAAUAUGCUCUACAUUCGGCAGAUGGCGCUCAGCCUGGAGGACACGGAGUUGCAGAGGAAGCUGGACCAUGAGAUCCGGAUGAGGGAAGGAGCCUGCAAGCUGCUGGCGGCCUGUUCCCAGCGAGAGCAGGCACUGGAGGCCACCAAGAGCCUGCUGGUCUGUAACAGCCGCAUCCUCAGCUACAUGGGCGAGCUGCAGCGGCGCAAGGAGGCGCAAGUGCUGGAGAAGGCAGCCCGCCGGCCUUCGGACAGCCGGCCGCCUGCAGACCGCUCCCCUUGCCGAGGGCGGGUCUGCAUCUCUGACCUCCGGAUUCCACUCAUGUGGAAGGACACGGAGUAUUUCAAGAACAAAGGCGACCUGCACCGCUGGGCCGUGUUCCUGCUGCUGCAGCUCGGGGAACACAUUGAGGACACGGAGAUGAUCCUGGUGGACAGGACGCUCACGGACAUCUCCUUUCAGAACAGCGUGCUCUUCACUGAAGCGGGGCCAGACUUUGAACUGAGGCUGGAGCUAUAUGGGGCCUGCAUGGAAGAAGAGGGGGCCCUAACGGGUGCCCCUAAGAGGCUGGCCACCAAACUUAGCAGCUCCCUGGGGCGUUCCUCGGGAAGGCGUGUCCGGGCAUCGCUGGACAGUGCUGGAGGCUCAGGGAGCUGUCCUAUCCUGCUGCCUACCCAGGCUGUUGGUGGUCCUCGCUUCCACCUCUUGGCCCACACGACACUCACCUUGGCAGCAGUGCGGGAUGGGUUCCGCACACAUGACCUCACCCUCUCUAGUCACGAGGACAGCCCUGCCUGGCUGCCACUGUAUGGCAGCGUGUGUUGCCGCCUGGCCGCCCAGCCUCUCUGUAUGACGCAGCCCACUGCCAGUGGUACCCUCAGGGUCCAGGUGAGGGGGCCCCCUCAGUGGAGGGGAGACAAAGGAGAGCAGCAAGCCGGGGAGCUGCAGAGCUGGGCCCGCGUGCACGGAGUCUUGAAAGGCACACGCCUCUUCUGCUAUGGGCGCGCGGAGGAUGCCGAGGCCGGGGAAGAGCCGCUGUUAACAAUCGUGAUCAACAAGGAGACGCAAGUCCGGGCAGGGGAGCUGAGCCAGACCCCGGGUCGACCCUCCACCCUGACCAUCAGUAACCAGUAUGGGGAUGACGAGGUGACUCACACGCUGCAGACAGAGGGCCAGGGAGCCCUGCAGAGCUGGAUGGAGGCUCUGUGGCAGCUCUUCUUUGACAUGAGCCAGUGGAAGCAGUGUUGUGAUGAGAUCAUGAAAAUUGAAACCCCUGCUCCUCGGAAGCCAGCCCAAGCGCUGGCCAAGCAGGGGUCCCUGUACCACGAGAUGGCUAUUGAGCCGCUGGAUGACAUCGCAGCGGUGACAGACAUCCUGGCCCAGCGGGAGGGCCCACGGCUGGAGAUGUCCCCACCCUGGCUAGCAGUGUUUGCAGACCAGCCUGCCCUGCCUGGCCCCUGCUCCCCUGCCUCAGUGACCCCAGCCCGGACCCACCCCCUGCCCUGGGGGCGACCCCGAACCUACUCCCUGGACGCUGCCCCCCCAGACCGCUCCCCGGGGGCUCCCCGCUACGUCGCCCCCCUCCCCCCACAGCGAUCUGCGCAGCCCAGAGGCCUCUGCAGCAAAAGUGCUCCCGGGACGUGGCUCCAGUCACCCGUGUGACAGAGAAAGGUGCUGCCCACAGGGUGCAGCUGGAAGAGGACAUGGUCGACAGGCAGCUGGGCCCUGGAUACCACACCCGGUGCUGCUGCCUGCAGCAGGGUGACUGUCUGGCCUCUCCCUCCUCUGUUGGAUUGGGGGCAGGCGGGGGAAGGGGGAGCCAGAUCACCCUCUCAAGCUGUGGUUGCCAUGGUGCCAGGGACUCAUUCUCAGGGCUGGCUGGGACCCCUAAACCCUUCCUGGGAGACAACUGGAACCACCAUCCCCUGCCUCCCUCCCUGCACUAACCAGCUUUGAGGGCAGCACUGAAGAACCCUGGUGGGGGGGAGCGCCCCUCCCCGGUGACUCCCACCUCCGCCACCAUUAAAUGUUUCUCUAACA